ACCUAUUGAUUGCAGAAUACAUUGAAUCGUGCCAAAUACGUAAUAGUCACUAAACGUUUAGAGGUGCAUGGUAAACAUUCGUAAUAUUGGAAUUUUUGGAUGUGUGUGACUGGUGAUGCAAUGUUUACUUUUGGAACGUUACUUUUUAAAGAUCAUAUGAAAUCGAGCCAAAAAACAUUUAUGUCAAAAACAUUUACGUAGGAAUAUAUUUUUUUAGAUUAACAUUCAGCUUUAUUGUGAAUGGAUUAGCAGAACAAAAAGAUUAAAAUAGUUUGAUAGAGAGAUUAAUUUGUAGAGUUUUGAUAAAGUAUAGAAAACCAUUUUGUUUUGCCAAAGACGAUAUACAUACAUAUAUGUUGGGUUGUGUUAUUUUGUAUGCAGUCUUUAAAGUUUUUUUUGCACCAGGAUGUUUGGUCAGUGAUAUCUUUAUUGAAUGUUCUGGUACCUUUAUUAAUAGGAAAAUUAUUUUUACUGACUGAUAAAUUAAGAAUUUUAACAAUUUGUCGCCAACGAAAAAAUAAAAUUUACACGUGUUUCUAUGUCAAGUAGUGAGGCGAUGUCGGGACGUCUACAAGAUGAUAUGUCAGACUUUGAUGGCGUGAAAACGCAUGAAAUAACUGAUAGAGGCACCGAGAAGUAUGGUGGGGAUGGGGACCAUAAAGAUGACAAGAAAAAAUACGGUGUAGCUUGGUACAAAGAUGAGACACAGAACAAAGGACAGUACCCAAUGGAAGAUGAGAAUCCGAAUGAGAGUCUUGUCCAAGAUGUUUCAAGUACAGCUGUAUUGACACCCCUUGAUGACGACCUGGUUGGCAACGUUACAGAUGUGCCGGACCGUGGUAACUGGGGUGGCAGGUUCGACUUCCUGAUGUCAUUACUGGGGUACUCGGUCGGUCUAGGGAACGUGUGGAGAUUUCCAUAUCUUGCAUACAGUAAUGGUGGAGGUGCAUUUGUUUUUCCAUUUGUACUGAUGUUAUUUUUACUCGGGUUACCUCUCAUGUUUUUGGAGCUGUCAUUAGGUCAGUUUGCUGGUCUUGGACCCGCCGUUGUCUUUGGAAGGUUUUGUCCUCUCUUUCAUGGUCUUGGUUAUGGGAUGAUAUUUAUAUCAGCAAUUGUCUCCCUUUACUACACUGUAAUCAUUGCCUGGUGUAUAUUGUAUCUGUUUAUGUCAUUCCGAGCAGAAUUGUUGUGGGAAAGAUGUCAUGAACCAUGGGCCUCAAGCACAUGUUUUAGUUACCUGGAUGCGGACGAGUGCCAGCAAACAAACGGAAGUAUAUACUAUAAGACGGUUUGUUAUAAUGAAUCUGCUGCCAUAGCAAACAAUAUCGCACAACUGGUGAAAAAUGUCACCAAACAUGCCCCUGCUCAGGAUUAUUUUGAACGUGGUGUAUUAAACAUGUCGGACGGUAUAGAACAUAUGGGAAUGCCUCAGUGGCCUAUCUUACUAUGUCUGGCCGCAGCCUGGACAUUGACCUUUCUAGCUCUUUCUAAAGGAGUGAAAUCUUCUGGAAAGGUGGUUUAUUUUACAGCAUUGUUCCCGUAUGUUGUAUUAUUUAUCUUAUUUUUCCGUGGGGUCACGCUCCCGGGUGCCAAGCAAGGGAUCAUGUAUUAUAUCACCCCUAGAUUUGAAAAGCUUGGAAAUGCCAAGGUGUGGUCGGACGCCGCUGCUCAAAUUUUCUUCGCUUUAAGUCCAGCCUGGGGAGGCCUAAUUACAUUAUCAAGUUAUAACAAGUUUCAUAAUAACUGUCUAAAAGAUACAUUAAUUGUGGCGUUUGGUAAUAUAGGUACAAGUUUAUUUGCGGGUUUUGUUAUAUUUGCUAUCAUAGGAUAUCUUGCUCAAGAACUCAACAUGAAUAUAGAAGAUGUUGUUGACCAGGGGGCUGGUCUAGCGUUUAUAGUGUAUCCAGAUGUAGUCACAAGAUUACCUAUAUCUCCACUAUGGUCUAUAUUAUUCUUUGUUAUGAUGAUCACUCUAGGCAUGGGCAGUGAGUUUGCAUUAUUAGAGACAUGUAUGACAGCUGUACAGGAUACAAUGCCAUCCUUGAGACAAAAGAAGACAUGGGUUGUACUCUGUGUUUGUAUACUUGGCUUUUUUGGAGGUGUAGCAGUCACUUGUGAGGGAGGUAUCUACGUACUACAGUUGAUGGACACCUAUGUAUCAAGUUGGUCAGUGUUUGUAAUGGCUGCAACAGAAAGUGUUUUAUUUGGAUGGGUCUAUGGGACUGAUAGAUUUCUGCAGGACGUAGAGCUGAUGAUUGGAUCAAUGAGGAGAUGGCGCUAUUUCUUUGCUCUGUUCUGGCAGUACCUCUCUCCUCUUACACUUUUUGGUGUAUUUGUAUUCAACUUGAUUCAGUACACACCAAUUACGUAUGAUAAGUAUAAGUACCCGUCCUGGGCUGAUGGUCUCGGCUGGAUCCUGGCUUUGUUUCCGCUGAUGUGGAUUGGUGGAUCCAUGAUCUGGAAAAUUACAACAGUCAAGGAGGAUAUUUCUUUGCUAGAGAAAGUGAAGUUCCUGUUAAAACCAAGCCCAGAAUGGGGACCAGCUCAUAAACUGCCAAAGUUUGAUUUACAAGACCUUGAAGGGGAGAAAAAUAUAGAAAACCCUAACUUCAUCAGUAGUAACGAUAGUGUGACGAAAAUAUGAACAGCAUGAAUAUCACCAUAGUGACAGAAACGGUUGCUAGGCAACAAAAAGAAUGGGAAAAAAGAAAAGAUUUGGAAGAAAAUUUAAAGAAAAGAUAAACAAAAUAGCCAAAUGGAAAUGAAAUGAUAAGAAUCCAAAACAAAGAUAUUUUUGAUAAUUUUUAUGGGAAGAUAUGUAAAAAUUGUUUUGAUUCUGUUAUAGAAAGAUAAAGCAGUCUUGAGUUAACUUGUUUUGUUAAUGCAUGAUUUUAAUUUGUUUUAUGAUAAGAGUUUUAAUCUGUUUUUAACUUUUUCUUUAAUCAGAAAAUUGAUUUUAAAACAAGAUUUUGUUGGUAAGUUUUGAUGUGUAACUAUUAUUUUACUGAAGAAAGUACUCAGCUGUGAUAAAUUGUGUGAAGACAACAUUAACAACAUAACUGCUCAAGUUAGUUUAGAAAUUUUUAGAGAUUUUUUUUUUUUGUUAAGUUUUAUAUUUGUUUCAGUUCAAGACUGCUUUAUUUUUCUUGAGGAAUCAAGAUGAAUUUCAUUAUGGUACAGAAGUAUUUGUAAUGAACAGUAUUAUAAGAAAAGAAUAACAAAAAAUAAAAUGUAUAGCAAGGAAAACAGAGAAACGAAAUUAACGAAAAAGUAAAAGAAAACGACUAGAAGUUAAGAUUGUCACUAAGUUUUUGUUUAAUGUUGCAGAUUAAACUGAAUUUUUUUUGUGUGGAGAAUUUUGAAUUUGCU